AUGCAGCAACCAUCGAGCUCUGGGAAUCAAGAGCAGCACUUGCGCGCACAAUUGGAGCUCCUACAGAGUCACGACGCGAACGCAUCGACAGCUUCAGGCUCGUGCAACUCGAGAAACGCCACUUCUGACUCUCCGCCGGCGCGAACGGCGAAUGGAUACGAAGAAUUGGCCGCUGCCUCACACGAAGCUGCUCGCGCCUUGAGGAAGACCCAAGCCGAGUCGCAUAUCCACCCAGAUCUCCGAGCCUCCCCAGGCCACCCAUCCAGCAUGAUGCCCAUGGGACCGCCUUCUGCACACAGCCCUGGGGCCAGUUCAUCCGGGCCGGUCAAUGCUUCCAUAGCCCCUGCGCCGUCUUCAUCGGUCCCCGAACCAGGUGCUGUUGGUGAUGGAAGGAAGGCAAAACGUGAGCUUUCUCAGUCGAAGCGCGCGGCGCAAAACAGAGCAGCACAGAGAGCAUUCCGGCAGCGCAAGGAGGGCUACAUCAAGAAGCUCGAGCAACAGGUGCGAGAUUACGCCGAGAUGGAGCAGACAUACAAGGCCGUGCAAGCCGAAAACUACGCCCUUCGUGAAUACGUUAUCCAUCUUCAGUCGAGGCUCAUUGAUACCCAGGGGGACUAUCCGCCUCCGCCUCCCAAUAUUAAUUUAUCUCAAUCCUCUGCAGCCCAGCCCCCUCCUGCCAGUGCGCCAGAGCAAGUGGCAAAUGCUGGAGUUGGAACGCCGCUUGAAGCUGUUGCUCAGGCGGUGGCUGGUCUUGCCGCUCAGGAGCAAUUGGCCGAAUGUCAAGGGCGAUAUCCCAGCCCCGUCUACAAGCCCGAGUCACGCGAUGAGGAUAGUCGAACCGUCGAGGAAAUCAACAGACAACUUCAACAACAGAGCGAAGAAAGCGUCAGUCGAUCAACAGACGUGUAG